AGGAAUGGACCGGCUACCUGAACGUCCAGUUUAUAUGUAGGCAUCGAGCUACACGUUAGCACACAGUGGCAUCAUUACUGUGUUAUUGCACAGGCAGAGCAAAGCUUGAUAAGAUUACCCUGGUACAUCCAACACAUACACAUCCAACAUCAACGGAGCGGAUGAUGAUGGUCCAGCAUCGGAAAUUCUACAGCUGGCAAUUAGCACUGGCUGUGACCUUGUUUUGCGGAACGUUAGCCGCAGCCACCGAACAACCGCCGGUAGUGCACACCGAAAAUGGCCCAAUCGUUGGUGAGAAACGGGGAAAUUACUAUGCGUUCGAGGGUAUUCCUUACGCGAAACCUCCCACCGGUGAACGACGCUUUGCUGCGCCCGAGCUAAACGAUGAAAGGUGGAGCGAGCCACGAAACGCGACCACCAUUGGUCCGUACUGCCUGCAAUGGAGCCACACCAUCCCCGGAAAGGAUAAGCUGUUCGGUGCGGAAGACUGUCUGUACAUGAACAUUUACACUACCUCGCUGGACGGGGGUCAGCGGCAAACCGGUUUGUCGACGCUGUUUUACAUCCACGGCGGUGCGUUCAUGUUCGGCGGUGGUGGACUGUUCUCGCCCAACCAUGUGCUGCGCAAGCCCAAGAUCAUGGUCACGUUCAACUACCGUCUCGGUCCGCUCGGGUUUCUCAGCACCGAGGACGACAUUGUGCCGGGUAAUUUCGGGCUCAAGGACCAGGUAGCGGCCCUCCAGUGGGUAAGAAAAAACAUCCACCACUUUGGGGGCGAUCCGGAACGGAUCACGCUGGUUGGGUUUUCGGCCGGCGGUGCUAGCGUGCACCUCCACUACCUGUCGCCAAUGUCGCGGGGACUGUUCCAGAACGGGAUUGCCCACAGCGGUACCGCCCUCAAUCCCUGGGUGAUGGCUGAGGAUUCGGCCCGCAAGGCGAAGCAAAUUGCGCGCGGUGUCGGUUGCCCGGAGGACCGGCUGUCGAGCAGCCAGGCCAUGGUGGAGUGUUUGCGCGACCGACCCGCGGAGGAUAUUGUGCGGCAGGUGCCGUUUCUGCUCGAUUACCUUUACAAUCCAUUCUCACCGCUCGGUGUGGUCGUGGAGAAGCAGAGCAAAGUGAACCGGCGACCGUUUCUGGCGGACCAUCCGGCAGUUUUGUCACGCAAGGGAAAGCUCACCAAAGUGCCACUGGUGCUGUCCGUUACGCAGGGGGAAGGUUUGUACCCCGGGGCAGAGUUUGUAAGCAACCUAGACUAUCUUGCGGACAUUGAUGCGCGCUGGCACGAUCUGCUGCCAAGCAUUUUGGACUACAAAAGUGCGGUGCCGGAUGAUAAGAGGCGCGCCGAGCUAUCGAACGCGAUCAGCGAACACUACUUCGGGAACGACCGUAAACUAUCGAUUGAUAAUUUCCGGGACUUUGUGUCGAUCCUUUCGAACCGUUUAUUUUUUGGCGGCGUAACAAAAACGGCAAAACUUCUUCAACCUCACAUCCCCGUCUACUUCUACUAUUUCAACUACAAAACGGUGUACGGCAUCGGGGAGCUGAUGUCGGGCACGCAGGACGUAAACUAUGGCGUAGCGCACGGUGAAGACGUGCUGCUUAGCUUUCCCACCCGGAUGCGCGACAAUCAUCCACUGACCAAAGGCGAGCUGCGUGUGGUUGCCAGCUUCGUCGACCUUUACGACACAUUCUCCCAGGGACAGGAGCCCAAGUACGGCAACUAUCUGCUUCCGGUGCAGAACAUUACCGGCCAGCUACGGUACAUGGAGGUGAAGGAUGUAGCGUGUGACGGGUGCGCCACUGCCAAGACCGGGUACGGUGUAAGCGACGAACAGUUCUGGGACACGCUGGACUUUAACGAUGAACCGCCGAGGAAAGUGGCGCAUCGGCCGGCCCACACGGAGCUGUGAUCAUCACCCUGCCUUAAGAAAGUGGCCAUGACCGAUCGCUCUCGCAUUAGAAGAUAACGCCCGAACGCGGUGCCACGGCGUGGCUUAAAGAGACAGCGAAAUAAAGAGGAUUGUCUUAUCAAGCAAAAACACAAA